UCUCAUAGGGUUCGAGAGUUAAAGCAAAAAAGUGAAACAAUUGAGAAGGGAAAAUCCAAACCCAAAAAUGGAGUACAUGUUUGCACAGAAAAAACCUAAUUGUUCAAGUGUUUAUUCAUGUAGCCAUGCGGGUUGCAAAAGGGCUUUGAUCUUACUGUCUUGCGCAAUAUGCAUUCUUAUUAUCUGGAAUAUUUCUUUGCAGUAUCAAGUUUACAUGCUUUCAGUAAGAUUGAAUGGAUGCACACAGAAUAGGGAAAAGAAAAUACAAAUGCUUAAUGAAAUGAAAAAUUCCUCAACGGAAAAUAACAGGAUUAAGAGUAUGUCCCUACCACUGUUAUUCAGGGAACGUCGCAGUAAUAGGAUGAGGUUAAGGAGAAGAGUUACAGCAGUUGAAAACCGAUUUGCAGAGCUUAACUGUACCAUUAAGAUCAUUAAAGCUGCCAUUUUAAAGAGAGUGGUGCAUCUGGCCAUGAGUAACACCAUGGAUAGUACGUUAUUGUACAGUAGGGUAGAUAACAUUGCUAAUUGUUCAAGCAACGCAGGUUGUUUGAGAUGGGACAAUCCGCUGGAAGAAUUCAGAGACUCGUUCAAUUUCAUUAAAGAUGGGUACAACUUGCCUGUAGCAAUAAAAAUUACCAGCCCGGGAAUAUAUAAUGUUUAUGCACAACUUGCAAUUAGUGGGCCAGAGUUGAGCAAUAGCUAUGACCCAACCGUAGGAUUUGAGAUUGUGCAGGUUCGAGGACUACGCGAAAAUACUCUAUCAAAAGGCAUUGUCACCCAGGAUCAAAGAGGUCGCUCUUACCAUACUAUAAACCGUAAACCAGUCGACACAGUCCUUACUCAGGGAACCUUCAAGUUCUACUGCGAUGAUGCGAUAUAUGUAAGACUGCUGAGAGAUACAGAGAUUUCUUAUAGGAGUGACAUCUCAUAUUUUGGUAUUCAACAAGUAAAUCCAGCAACUAAUCUUGAAUAUGAAGACCACAGUUGCGAUCCUUUACAUUCAAACUAAUGCAACCACUCAUAAGAAUUUAAAGUGUUUUUGAACUUGUUGUUAAUUUUGAGAAAUUAAAACAAUAAGAUCGAUCGAUUUUUAUAAAUGAUAGGUAAAUUGCCAUUU